AGACCUAAAAAAAAUAGGAUGAAAUCUGCUUUAGAAGUUGCACUUGCAAACAAACGUCCUAGGAAAGAGCACAUAUGUUCUCGUUGCAGUCAAAGUGGACAUAAUGCGAGAACUUGUCCGAUAUAAGCAAUUGCUUUUCAUGUUGUUUUGUAAUACGGCUGGGUUUUGUGUUGUAAUACGGCUGGGUUUUGUGUUGUAAUACGGCUGGGUUUUAUUUUCAUUGAUUUGCACAACGGCUGGAUUAUUAAUUGUAAUACGGCUGGGUUUUGUGUUGUAAUACGGCUGGGUUUUUUUGUUUUAAUGUUCUAUGACGGCUGCGUUAAUGUUUUUCAAAUUUUGUAUUGUGGUUGGGUUUUUAUUUUCAUUGAUUUGCCCGCUUCCCAUUACUCAAGAGAGACACAGACAUCGAAAAACGAAAUGUCCGUACUUAAUUGCCCUACGUUACGUAAUAGCCCCUACGUAAUUAUUGAUUAUAAAGUGGAAUACGAAAGUAGCGAAUUAAAUUAAGAGAAAUUAAUCUUCAUUGGCUGAGAUAAUGUUACUCACACGCCUAAUAAUUGUCGUGAUUUCUAAUGUCAGCUCUUUUAUUCAAACGCAGUUGAAAAAAACUUCCCCGCUAGAAACACGAAACGUCGCGAAGUCAACUAAGGCUGAGUUAUUGUAAUACACGGCUGAGUUAUGGAUUAAAUUCCCGCUCAAAAUAAGAAAUAAGAAACGCCGCGAUACGAAACUACAACCGUUAACUGCAGAUAAAUAAGGUACUUCUCAAACAAUUACACAUCUUCAACUCUCUAUCUUUUACACAACUGUCCUCUCAGAGAAAAUGGAAUAUUUCCCUCUGCUUGAAUUGCCUGAAGAUCUUCAGGCAAUGGUGGUUGAACGUGUGGCCCGUAACUCCUUCCAAGAUCUCUACCGCCUCAGAGCAUCGUCCAGGUCGAUGAAGGCGUUAGCAGAGAUGCGUAGGGUAUACCAUUAUUUCGAUGUGUUAUCCUUUCCCUGGGGUCUCAUUAUGCCAUCUCAGUUGUUGAAAACUUGCUACGCUGAGAACAAUCCAAGCACAAUUUAUGUAAAGGGUGUACAGUUUUUCUACUCAUACGAUGAGCAAGAUUAUGGCCUUUCUCUCCUCAAGCGUGCAGCAGAUGCAGGAUAUGAGCGUGCAGUGUAUACACACGCUAUGACUCAAGCAAUCUUUUACGGUGAUGCGCAGUAUUUUCGGAGAAUUCCAAGAGCAACUGUUGACAGGGUCGGGAAACUUGUUCGAGAUGCGAAAUGGGGAUGGGGUUUGUGGCAUACUGACGAGUUCCGUCAAAUUAAGGCCAUGUUCACUUCUACUUAUGUUCCGUCCUUCUACCUUUGCCAAUGUGCAAAUGUUGUGGACCGACAAUGUCUCUGCCUAUGGCACAUUGAUGUGACUAAGGACGACAACAUGUGUGAGCGCUGUUUCUGGAUCAAAGAGAUUUCCUUGUUCUUUCGUGAUUUUGAACCGAUAAGCCUGUUUAGGGACACAA